GCUGCUGUACGCUGCCAUAGAAUACCCGCAGACAGCAGUAGCCCGCGAGGAGACAGUUAAAGUGUGCAGGGGCCUCCUUUUUCUUCGCUCUCUCACUGCCUUAGUGGAGACCGCCCCUUUCUUAGCUGCCAAUGUGGGGGCGAAGUUUUGCAGAUUAAUGCAGCGGGUUCUUCGACUGGAGCCGCAUCAACCAGUUGAAUCGAUGGACCUUAUUCUUAAUUACGACAUUGUUGCAGAGUAA